AUGAAAGAGCCUCAACUUCCACCCCCUAAUAUUCCCAGCCAAUCAGCGAAUGGGCAGACUGGAAGACCAACACUAUUUCUCGUCAUUGGCGCUGGCUCUCGAGGAAAUGCCUACGCUGGCGCUGUGACAAAGGCAACGCCAGGUACCAUCCACGCCGUCGCUGAGCCCCAUCCGUUCAAGCGGCGCGAGUUCGGAAGAAACUAUAUCUGGGGUACGCAGGGUAGCUCAAGCGAGGGUCAAGAAUUCGCCGAUUGGCGCGAAUGGGUGAAGUGGGAAAUUUCCCGACGAGAGCAGGCUAGCAAAUCUAGCAAUGGCAAUGACAAUGGUGCUUCCACAGCUUCAGAUACAGCGGUCCCUCUUGGCGUGGAUGGAGUCUUUAUCUGCACUCUGGACGAAACACACGUUGAGAUUGUUCAAGCUAUCGCGCCUCUGAAUUUGCAUAUCCUCUGUGAAAAACCACUCGCUCUUUCACUGCAAGAUUGCUUGACUGUCUACCGAACUCUCCAGCCACCCGAGGGUGAGACGCAGAAGCCCCGAUCUCCAUCCACCAUCUUCUCCAUCGGCCACGUAUUGAGAUACAGUCCACACAAUACCCUCCUACGCAAACUACUACUUACAGACCAGGUAAUUGGCGACAUUGUCUCGCUCGAACACUGCGAGCCAGUGGGCUGGUGGCAUUUCUCGCACAGUUAUGUCCGCGGUAAUUGGAGACGAGCCACUGCUCUCGGCGAUGGCUCUCUACUCACAAAGUCCUGCCACGACAUCGACUUCAUCCUGUGGCUUCUUUGUUCGCCGCCUUCGCUGGAAACGGCGCAUGCUUCGGGCUACGAGCCACAUUUCCCGCGCUCGAUCUCCUCAUUCGGAUCCCUGACGCAAUUCCGAAAGGCGCGUAAACCGGCUACGGCUAAGGAUGCGACGAAUUGCCUUUCUUGUCCCGCUGAGCCUGAUUGCAAAUAUAGCGCGCGGAAGAUUUAUAAUGAUCGCCAUCUGGCGAAGGGUCAUACGGCCUGGCCGGUUGAUAUUGUUAGCCCCGACAUUGAAGAUGUGUUCAAGGAGAAUGGCCCCAAAGCUGCGGAGGCUCAUUUGCUCUCACGACUAGAGGAGAACUACGACGUCGCUGCUGAUGCAGAUUCCACGAUUGCCGCGCGGCCCUGGUAUGGACGCUGUGUCUAUGAAGCUGAUAACAAUGUAUGUGAUGAUCAAGUUGUUACACUUGCUUGGGACGAUGAGGGCAAGGCACCUGGGCGUCUUGCGAAGACGGCAACGUUCCAUAUGAUCGCUCCUACAGAACAGCAGUGCCAACGACGGGGCCGUGUCUAUGGAACCUCUGGCGAGAUUGAAUACGAUAGUAAUAAGAUUUCAAUCUACGAUUUUGCGACUGCGAAGACGACGACCAUCGAUGUGCCCAAGCCACCGCCGGACCAGAAAGAGUCUCAUGGAGGUGGAGAUUAUGGUCUUGCGCGACAAUUUGUGAAUGCAAUUGAGGCAGUGGUGAAUGGUGGUUUGGAUGUGGAGAUGGCACAGGCCCGGUUUGUUGGGUGUACAUUGGAAGAGGCGGUUAUGAGCCAUGCUGUUGUAUUCGCGGCCGAAGAGGCGCGGAGAGAAGAGACUGUUGUCAAGUGGAAGGACUGGUGGCAAAUGAAAUUGGCGGCAUCGGCUAAAGCUUGGUCAACAUGA